AUCAAGUUUCCCAAAGGCCGCGGGGGAGACGGUCGGCGAUGGAGGGGAAGGGAAGCAACCACGGGGGAGGGGGACAAGGGUACCACUACCACCAUUACACGCCGUAUCCACAACCAGAGCUCUACAAGUACCAGCAGUAUCCGCCGCCGUCCGCCGACCCCCUUCCCGGUCUCCUUCCCAGCGCCGCCGCCGCAGCAGCAGCAGUUUCCGUGCCACCUCGUACCGUUCGAGUCCUACCUGCCGUCAGUGCUGCACACGCCGGGCCUUACCCCCUGGAUCCCCGGCCACCUCCGCGCCGCACUACCCAAUCGCCAACGUGCUCGCCGAAAUGUGCCUCUCCAGCCCCCAUGACACCGCGCCGGUGGUCGUGUCGUCUCCCUCCGCGCUGCCGCCUUCCGCCCCUUUCUCGAGCGGCGGUAGCAGCCCCGGCGGUGGAGGGAUUCGGAUGGUGCCGUACGGCGCCGCGGAGGGAGGGCCGCUGAACGGCGGCAUGGCACCGUCGCUGUUGGUGGUGCUACUCCACGGCAGCCUCGACAUCUGGGUGCAUGGCGCGCGGAACCUCCCCAACAAGGACAUGUUCUCCAAGAAGAUCGGCGACCUCGUCGGUUCUUGCAUCGCCGGCUGCGUCGGGGACAAGAAGUCCGACGCCUCAAUGACAAGCGACCCCUACGUCAUCAUCAAGCUCUCACAACACGCCACCAUCGGCCGCACCUACGUCAUUUCCAACAACGAGAACCCCGACUGGAAGCAGAACUUCGUUGUGCCCGUCGGUCACGAGACAGCGGAGGUAGAGUUUAUCGUCAAGGACAGCGACGUCUUUCGUGCUCAGCUCAUUGGCUCUGUGGCCAUCCCCGCCGAGAAGCUGAUUUCUGGGAACAGGAUCGAAGGCAUCUACCCUCUGCUCAAGCGCAAUGGCAAGCCGUGCGCUCCAGGUGCUGUAUUGCGCAUUUCCAUACAGUACAUCCCAGUGGCUCGCCUGGCAAUGUACCACCAUGGUAUCAUGGCUGGUCCGGACUGCCUUGGAGUGCCCAAUACUUACUUCCCACUGCGCCGUGGCAUGAAGGUAACCCUUUAUCAGGAUGCACAUGUGCCUGAUGGUUCUCUUCCAGAUAUAUGUCUUGAUCAUGGAUUGAGCUACCAACAAGGGCAAUGCUGGCGUGACAUGUAUAAUGCCAUAAGCCAGGCACGGCGUUUGAUUUACAUUGUGGGUUGGUCAGUGUCCCACACGAUCCACCUCAUAAGGGACGGGGCUGAUAAGGUACCAUCACUUGGGGACCUGUUGAAGAUGAAAUCACAGGAAGGAGUUAAGGUGUUGCUCCUUUUAUGGGACGAUCCGACAUCAAGGAACAUUCUCGGAUUUAAAACGGAUGGAUUCAUGCACACACAAGACGAGAAAACACGUAGAUUUUUCAAGCACUCUUCAGUUCAAGUAUUGCUUUGCCCGAGAUCUGCUGGGAAACGGCACAGCUGGGUGAAACAGCAGGAAACAGGAACCAUUUUUACUCAUCACCAGAAAACAGUUAUCGUGGAUGCUGAUGCUGGCUGUGGUAGGAGAAAAAUAAUUGUUUUUGUCGGAGGCCUUGAUUUGUGUGGUGGACGCUAUGAUACACCUGGGCACCCUCUGUUUCGGACACUCCAAACUUUGCACAAGGAGGAUUAUUACAAUCCAAACUUUGCUCCAGUUGAUGCUCGUGGCCCAAGGCAACCAUGGCAUGACUUGCAUUCCAAGAUUGAUGGUCCAGCAGCUUAUGAUGUUCUGCAAAAUUUUGAGCAGCGUUGGUUGAAGGCAUCCAAACGUCAUGGGAUUAAAAAGUUGGGCAAAUCAUAUGAUGAUGCACUUCUGAGUAUUGAAACAAUACCUGAUAUGAUGAACAUUAAAGAUGCAGCAUAUUUUAGUGACAAUGAUCCGGAGACAUGGCAUGUUCAGGUGUUUCGGUCUAUUGAUUCGAAUUCUGCCAAGGGAUUCCCAAAGGAUCCACAAGAAGCAACCGGGAAGAAUCUUGUUUGUGGCAAGAAUGUACUAAUUGAUAUGAGCAUACAUACAGCUUAUGUCAAUGCCAUCCGGACAGCACAACACUUCAUUUAUAUUGAGAAUCAGUACUUCGUCGGAUCUUCAUUUAAUUGGGGUUCAAACAAGCGUGCUGGGGCUAACAAUUUAGUGCCAAUUGAAAUUGCUCUCAAAAUUGCAAACAAGAUUAAGGUGAACGAGAGGUUUUCUGCAUACAUUGUACUUCCUAUGUGGCCUGAGGGUAAUCCAACAGGCAGGGUAACACAAAGAAUUCUUUACUGGCAGAAUAAAACAAUGGAAAUGAUGUAUGAGAUAAUUUAUGGGGCUUUGAAAGAAGCAGGUUUGGAUGAUAUGUAUGAGCCUCAAGAUUAUUUGAACUUCUUUUGUCUUGGCAAUCGUGAAGUCACUGACAGUCCUAGUGCUUCAAAUACAGCAAAUAAUCCUCAGGAACAAGCUAGGAAAAAUGGGAGAUUCAUGGUGUAUGUACAUUCAAAAGGCAUGAUUGUGGAUGAUGAAUAUGUGAUCAUUGGAUCAGCUAAUAUCAACCAGAGGUCCAUGGAAGGCAUUAGAGAUACUGAGAUUGCAAUGGGAGCGUAUCAACCACAGUACACCUGGGCGAAUAAGAUCUCGGCCCCCCGUGGACAGAUCUAUGGGUACAGAAUGUCCCUCUGGGCCGAGCAUAUUGGAGCAAUCGAGGAAGAUUUUAACCAUCCAGAGAGCCUAGAGUGCAUGAGGCGAGUUCGUCAUCAUGGGAAAUAUAACUGGGACCAGUUCAUUGCCAGUGAGGUGACUGAGAUGAGAGGCCACCUCCUGAAGUAUCCUGUAAGUGUUGACCGUGAAGGCAAGGUGAAACCCUUGCAAGGGUUUACGACAUUCCCAGACACAGGUGGGAACAUUUGUGGCACCUUUGUGCCCAUCCAAGAAAACCUCACAAUAUGAAUUCUGGUUAUGUAAGUAUGUAGUAAUUGCUUGUGAUCUCUGGGGUAGUUUGAACAAGAAAUAUGGCUAAUGGCAAAGUACAUUUUUCCA